AUGAUUUUUGGAUCCAAAUCAUUCCAAGAUUGUAAGAAAAAUCUUUUGUUUACAGGAGUCGGCCCACCAGGAGUGCAACCUCCGCCUUCGUUUCAGGCGGAGGACUGGUAUCCCAGCAAUCUUCCUACAGUCAAACCACCAAGAAGAUCAAAAGGAUUUGAAACAACUCAAAUUCCACUGUCGGAUACUACAAAACUGACCGGGAAUGAUAUCGUUCCAUCUUUUUUCACAAGUAUUUCCCCAUCAACGAGUGAUGGUACUACAACACAAUUACCAGAGGUGACGACUACGAUAGCCGUGGUGACUGUGGUUGACAGCGACGAGACCAUAGAAGAUCUAGCAAACAACGGAACAAAUCUCGUUUCCGAGGACGCCGUCUUGGAAAGUUCAACGGAGUUGGAAGAGGGAAUAAGCAGUUCUGCAGAAGUGCCAAGUUCUUCGGAAGAGGAAUCCACGACAUUUGUUAGCAGUAGUACAACAGUCAAGCGCGGCGCGGACGAUGAAUCACGCACCUCCGAAAUCAAAAGGGAAUUCAAAAGCAGUAAAGUGAACUCGGUAAGGGGUGUGGCUUUGCUAUAG